UUUUUUAUACUAUUAUAUAUGAGCUUUUUAUUUAAGAUGAGUCAAUUCAUACUCUCUUUUAACAUUGAUAUUGGGCUAUUGCAUUUACUGGGCUAAUUAUUAGUAAACCCAUAUCAUCAUCGUUGUUUCUUCAGAUACCCUCGAUAAUUUCUUAGACGUUAUUGAAACGUCUAUAUUCAAUCUAUCUAAUAAAGCUUCAUAAUUAUGAAGCCAAACAUUUAAGUCCUACUAUUUAUCAUUUAAUUAUCCAACCCAACUAACUUUUCAAUUUUUAGAACUGUACCUAUAAAUACGGAUAUCCAAUUCCAUGAUUAUCACCAUUUCAUAAUGUUCUUCACUUUUUGUUUCUCUGAAUUUCUGUUUACAGCAAUGAAAUCCUUUCAAUUCCUACUCUCUCAAUUGAAAGAUGGUUGUUGUUAUCAAAACGUAGUGACCCUUCUUCUUCUGGAGGCGUGUAACAUUAAAAAAUGCGGUGAACUCAUCAGCCUCGAAAUAGCGAUUUGAGAUGAUCUAGGAUACACCGUCAUGGUCGAUUUCUCUAAUAAAGUGUUUGGUUGAGUUGGUGAUGAAACCAUUGCCAUUUUAAACAACCAUCACAUCAUUUAAACAUCAUUGAGGAUGUCUUUGUUAUCUUUGGGCAGGGACAAGAGAGGAGAUGGAUAGAUCUGAUGGCCGUGGUUGCAGAGAUCCUAGGCGGCUAGGGCAAUGCAUGGAAAGAGAGGUGUUAACCAGUGGAUCAUUGCAAAAAAACGAAAAAUUAGGAUUUGUUCAAUGCAUGCAUCGAAAAUGAAGUGGAUUUUGCAGUUUUAGAGGGUACCGACUAUGAGGUUAGUCUCUCCAAGAAGAGACCGGCAACGGAAAGUUGAUUACAUGGUGUUAUGUGCAGAGAAAGUUAAAAGACUGAGAGACUAAAUAUGAUUGUAUUCGAUUGGAUAUCAUGUUAGCUUUAUUUUGAUGUUCUUUAAAAUUUUAGAAAAGGCUCUGAUUAAAAACUUAAACAAAACAACUAAUGGAUCACUUAUGUCACCAAUGAAUUUUAUAUUGUGUAAGUUUUGCGAUUGUCUUAAACCCAUUCUCCCAUUUACUUCUAUUUAUAUGUAAUACACUGUAUUAUGUUUGGACAUUAAGAUUUUAUGACUAGAUUCAGGAAAUCAGAUUUAAAAAUAAAUAAAAUAUCUUUAUAUUUCCAAAUUUACGGACAACUUGAAAAUGUAAUAAAUAGGUCUACAAUUAAAAAUAUUCAUACAAAAAGAAAAACAGUCUCUCUUUAUAUGAAGCCAUGAAACCACAACAUCAAUUAAAACAACAUAAAUUGACACAUUAUUAUCACAAUCCUUUAGAUUUUAUGAAUUUCUUCAUAUCUCAUACUCCUAUAAAAAGUAUUUACACAAUAUCAAAUAGUCUGUAAAUUUUUUUUAUAAACAAUUGAACAUUUUCAUCUUAAAUCAAUUGUAAUUUUAAAAGUAGAAAUAAAUUGUCUCAACAUGGUUUCUAACAAAUAGUAAAAUUAAUUAAUUAGGUUAUAUAAAUAUAUUUAUUUUAAUAAUUUUAUGACUUAAAUUUAAUUUUAAACAAAAAGAAAAAUAAGAUAAUCAGUAUCAUGUAUGUCACAUAUUUUAAUAUUUCAUUUUAAUAAUUUAUAUAUAUAUAUACACACAUGUUAUAUAUCAUCUAAAUGUAAAUUAAUUGACUUGAAAUUAAUAUUAAAUUUAUUUAUCAUCUUUUGUAAUUUAGACGCAUUGAAUCAAUUGAAAAGAUUACAAAAAGAUAUUUACUGUUUCCAAUGAAAAAUAUAAAAAAAUAACAUAGUUUAUUUUAAAUAAAUGUAGUUAUACUAAUAUAAUUAUAAUAAUAUUUUCAGUUUUCAAUUGAAAAGAAAUAAUUUGAUGACUAAUGUUAUUUAGUCGAAAUUUAUAGUAUAAUAAGUUUAACAUUUUAUAUAUAUAUAUAAGAAACUACUUUGUAAUAAAACCAUAAUAACUAAUAAAUAAAAAAUAUUUAAAUUUAACGAUAAGUUAUAGUAGAUUCUUAAUAUAUAUAAUUAAAAAGUUGAUAUAAGAAAACAAAUGUUAAAAUUCACAUUUUGAAAAUUAAUCAUCACCUUUAUCUUUAAAACCUUAAUUAUUUAUUCAGAUAACGUAUUAUACUUGGUAUUAAAUUAAUAUUUUAUAUAAAAUUCAAACGUACUCUAAUUGAUAACAAUCAGCAUUAUGUUAUCAUAUUGCAGACAUAACUAAAAAUAAUUUUUGAUAUAGACCCAUAGUAAAUUUGCUAUUUUUGUGUCGAGUAAAUGAGUGAUGGAAAGUGGGUUAAACCCAUCUUACCCGACCCGUCCCGAUGAGGUUGAAUCAGUUUUCAAUUUUAUAUUUUAAAAUUUUGAUCGCCUAACCUGUAUGGAGAAAAUAUUACACCGUACUUGCAUCUCUUAAUUUCGCGGAUGAUCUAGAUAACAAUUUACAUAUUAUACAAAACAAAUACAAAUCAUUCCGAACUACGCGGACCAACCCUAGUAAUUAUAUGUAAAACUCAUCCAAAAUAACUAACAAACUAUCUAGAUUUAAUUAUAUAAUCUACUUUAUUAAAACAGAAGUACACAUAAAAAAUACCCUUUAUAGUUGCACAAUAUUUACAAUCCAAUACCACUAAGAAUUUAAUUAACCCAUCGUUAAAAAAUACUUGUUUUUUCAGGUAUUAAAUGUUUUCCUAAAAUGAUCAAUUGUACCUAAAACGACGUUAACUUCUCCACGUAGAAAAUUAUUUUCUUUAUUGCCAAAUAAUUUCUCUUUCUACUAUCAAUAAUAAAGCAUAGUUUAUAUGUCGAUAAUACUUUCUUUUACUUUAUUUAACCUGAACCAAAGAAAAAUUAUGUAAAUUUUAUAAAUAGUUUAACACGUUGGAAAAUAUGAGCUCAUGCUUAGAUCGAUUUCAAUAAGGUCUUACUUCUAUAUCUCAAAGUGAAAAACUUAUUAUAUGCUAAUUCAUAUGUACAAUUCAUUGCUUUUCUAUAUAAAUUCACCUCCCAAAAUAUUAUACUUUUAAUUUAUUUGUGUGCAAAUUUGGAAGAUCACAACUCAAUUACACCUACAAUCACAGAUUCUAAGUAAUCACAAAAUCUUAGCCUUUAUCGAUUUCAAACAGAAGUACAUACAAAAUGUUAAUUGGAUCCCAAAGUCAAGCAUAAGAAAGCUAGCAAAUCUUAGCAUUUCCUAUCUCUUUGGUUCAAAUCAAAACAUACCAUAAACAAUAUCAUUUUUUUUUCUUUUUUCAAUUUUGUAUUAUCCGUUUGCUUUUUAUUUAUUUAUAUAUAAAUUCAUAAUUAUUAGGGAAAUUAUGUUACAGCAUAUUUGUAUUACAUUAUGAAAACAAAUAUAAAAAAACAUCUGCGGGACCGCGCAUCCAGCUCUAGUUGAACACUUCAACUUGUUUGAAUUUCAGUCAGAAAAAGGAGUUUCUAGUUCAGUUACCAAGACCGAUUUUGAAAACAUUGACGAAGGCCGAGUCAAAUUUAAUAUCUUUUUAUUGUUUUGUUUAAUGUUUUUCUGUUAAUCAAUAAAAAGUCAAAGAGAGUCAAAACUCAAAAGUAAUGAAAUUGGGAAAUAAACUUUUAAAUAUAGAGAAAACGAAAGAACUCUCGUCACGUUGGACUUCGCUUAAAGAUUCUCUCUCUCUCUCUCCAUGGAUCGCUUCUUCUCGCCGGACUUCAACUCUCCGACGAUCACUCCCUCUAACCUAUCCAAUUCCUUUCCUUCAGUCAAUUCUCAGGCGAUCACCCGCCCUCCUAUAUCGCCGGAGAAGAUGGAAUCUCUGCAAGCCGUGGAGAAGAUCGUCAACUACAGUUUCGCCAACAAGAGCCUUCUCGAGGAAGCGCUUACGCACACAUCUUGCGUCGACUUUCCUUCGUACGAAAGGCUUGAGUUCGUAGGAGACAGCGCCGUAGGUCUUGCCCUGACGAACUACUUGUACCUCACUUACCCUAACGCCGAACCGCACGAGCUGUCUCAGUUGAGAGCUGCUAAUGUUAGCACCGAGAAAUUCGCCCGUGUCGCACUCAAACACGGUCUCUACCGCUUUCUUCGUCGCAAUGCUCCUUCUUUAGAUGAAAAGGUUACAGAGUUCUCAGAGGCGGUGUGCAAAGAAGAUGACUCAGUUUAUUAUGGUGGAUUAGUGAAAGCUCCCAAAGUUCUCGCUGACCUCCUAGAGUCUGUAGCCGGAGCUGUUUACAUAGAUGUCAACUUUGAUCUCCAAAGAUUCUGGGUGAUCUUCAGGGGUCUUUUGGAACCUAUAUUUACACUGGAUGAUCUCCAGCAGCAACCUCAGCCUAUUAGUAUGCUUUUCCAGUUAUGUCAUAAACACAACAAGAGACUCGCCAUCAGGUAUCUGAAAGAGGGCAAAAGAAUUAUCGCUGGUGUAUAUCUCGAUGACCAGUUGUUUGCUUCUGGGAGUGCUGAGAACAAAGAUACCGCCAAGCUGUUAGCUGCUAAGGAAGCACUAGGGAAGUUUUCAGAAUGUACGCCUAUUGCAAUGGUUAUUGAUGAGGGCAGUGUAGAGGUUGAAGUUGAAGAUGCCAAGAGGAAGUUGUAUGAGAUUUGCUCCAAGAAAAAGUGGCCUAAACCAAUUUACAGUGUUGAGGAAGAAAGAGGGUCGGCAAAUGAGAAGAGAUUUGUGUGUUCAGCUAGAAUAAAGAUCCCUAGUGAAGAGAGUCCGUUAUAUAUGAAGGGGGAUGAGGAAUCCAAGAAAAAAAAAGCUGAAAACUCCUCAGCUUACCACAUGAUAAUAGCUCUAAGGAAAUCUAAUUAUCUCUAGUGGGUUCUUGAAUGAUGUUGUUGUUAAGUUACAAAAGUGACUCAUUCAGGAAAAAAAUACCUGUCUGUGUGUGUUGUGGAGAAGAAGAGAACUCUUGUCUUGUGUCAGGCAAAUGUCUGUAUGUGUUGUAGUAGUCGGUAUUAGUUUGGUUUUUGUUACUGUAUGGGGUUUUUUAGUUUACACAAGUAAUUGAUGGGAAUGUCCUCCUCCUCUAAGUGUUGUCGUCCGAGGAUUGGAGUUUUGUUUGUGUUUCAAAUCUUCCUUAAAGGUUAAUAAUCACUGUUACAACCGUAA